AAGGCUGUUGGCGAAGGAGAGUAGCUAGAGUAGGGGUAUAAAGGUCAGAUCACAGAUCACGGAUUACAGUCGAGCCGCGAGCCGAUUCGCUACAACCGCCUCCGCCAUCCUCAAUUCCGCUCUCAUCCCGAAUAAAAUACCUAUCAUACCCUCGCACAAUAUGUCCACCUUCGUCAUCGACUUGAUUAUUCAAACCGAGGUUGCUACUCCCGUCUAUUCGCAUGUCGACAUCCUCGACGCAGUCGAGAAGACACUCAGGGACGACCUUCGUCCCGCUUUCCCUGGUAAAGCUGUAGCAUUUCGCUACACCCCUACCUCCCCUCUUCCCGCGGGUGCGGCCACCUUGACCGACAAACACCUUGUUGGUGUGGUUUCCUCCCCUCUUCCCGCGGGUGCGGCCACCUUGACCGACAAACACCUUGUUGCUGUGGUUUUUGAGGUCGAUGAUCUCCGACUGUUAAACAACGGGUACAUCAAGAGAUACAACCCCUAUCCCGACUCUCCUGCGGCGGCGGCCAAGUACGAGAAGCACAUCGAGCUGAAGGGCCUCGAGCUGAAGGGCCUCGAGCUGAAGGGCCACGAGCUCAAGUACGAACAGGCGAAAUGCGCUGCGGCCAAGGAAAAGGCGCCGAAGUCGAAGUCGAAGGCGAAGGCGUCCGAUGGGUUCAAGGAGAAGGCGCCGAAGUCGAAGGCGAAGGCGAAGGCGACUAAACGAGCGAAGAAGGCAUACAAACUUAGGGCGAAUCAGAACAACCUUAAGGCUGAGAAUCAGCGUCUCAAGGCUGAGAACGCUCGGCUUAAGGCCGCUUUGAUCGCUUGACGAACUUGACGAACGUCAAGCGGUCAAAGUACAAAGCUGAGCAGAGUGAUCGAGGGAUGGCGGGCGACCAGUCAUGACGACGAGUGUUGAGA